AUGCAUGCUUUCGCUUUGGUGCACGCACUGGUUGUUGUUCUCCUGGUGGCAGCCGUGGUCAAUGCGAGCACCUCGGACGAGUUGACAGGCCUUGACGUCAUGGACGCGCGUGAGAGUGUGGUUGUUGGCGCGACGGAUGGUCAAGGUAAUGAGGUGAAGGCCCAGAUGAUGGACUCGGGCAGCGGAGGGGCUUUGUUUGGAAAAUUGGCUCGCUGCCUGUCGCCACUGCUGGCAAGUCUGGUUGAUCUGAGCGAGAAUGCCGCACGCCCGGACAAGACCGUCAUGAUUGAGGCGAGGAGCUGCUUCCUUGACGUCAUGGCCGAGGCUGAGGCUGGUGAUGCAGGUUGUGUUCAUGGCGCGGGUAUUGAUGCUGCCGUCGCGCUCGCUGGUUUGGCGCUGGUUGACGGAAAGAUGGAGCUUGUGGCCGCGAGCCAGGCUCUCUACACGCUGCGAGCCAGGCUGGCCUCGCGGGGCGGUUGCAUUGUCGGCGCGCCCGGCUUGAACCGCUAUCAGCUGCGCAACUCGAUGGGACGGCUUGACGCUAUGCGAGGCUACCUUGCUGAGUUUUCCAGCCCAGCUGACGUCCAGCGCGCCCGCGAGCUCCUGGCGUCGGCGCGGAUGCUGGCCGUGGAUCCGUCGUCGUGCUUCAUGUGCUACGACGACUACCACUCGCGGCCGAUGGGCUAUGUUGGUCGCUCGAUGGAGAACUCGUCACCGUUCACCCACUAUGCGGCGCCACUGGCACGACUCCUCCUCUUGCGCACCUCGCUCGAGACGCUCCACCUUUGGGCUCCGUCGGCCGCCGCCGAUCUCGGCGCGAGCAUCGACGCCCGGCAUGGCCACCAUCGGACUGGAACACCAGUUCCUACUGCCGACAAUGGGUACUCGGAUACCACUGCCGAGCCUGUGAGCAUUGGGUGGUCCGGCCUUGCCACCACCAACGCGUCUCGUGUCGCCGGUGCUGGCGCCGAGCUCGCUGGCAACGACUUUGGCUACGGCCACCUGCAGCACGUGCUCUCGCCGUACGAGCUCACUCUCCUCGUUGAGUAUUAUGACUCGUGUGUCGACGGCGAGUUUGUGGUGUGGGAGGAUCUCGAGCAGGGCCGGCGAACGGCCAAGUCAGAGCGGGUCGGCUACUUUCUCAACGUUGCACUCGCCCCGCUCGCCGAGGCCGUGCUCUCCCGUCCAGUCAAGGUCGCCUACUCGUUUUACUCAGACUACGCCAUCGAUCCGCGCCUCGGCCAGCCAGCACACGCACUCUUCCCUCACACCGACCGUGAGGACAACCAGUACACGUUCUCGAUCCAGGUCGCCUUUCAGGGCGAGCCCGGCGCCGACGCGCACUGGCCGCUCUACGUCGACCAGCUCGAGACGCUGCCCAUGCGCGCAUCCUGGCGCCAACAGCCUGAUCGGUCGACCACUACCGCGGUGUACCUGGUCUCUGGCGACGGGCUUCUGUUCCAGGGCCGCAGCCACAUCCACUUUCGCAGCCCCUUGCCCAAGGGCGUCUCGCGUGUCGCCAAUAUCAUCCUUCACUACGUCGACUCGGACUUUGACCUCCGCCACUACAAGGAGCGCCAGUGGAUUGAUCCGGACAUUUAGCACAGUUAAAACAGACUACACACGGA